GGCUCGGGGAGGGGUCGCGGUGCUUCGGGUCAGGUCCCGCAGCGGGUUCAGUCGCUGCCCGGCUGUGCCCGCUCGUCCCUCGGAGGGAGUUUGGGCACCGGCUCGCUACCGGCGUCCCUCAGGAGGCCGCACGGCCGGCCCGGCGUGGGGCGGUGCUCGAUGCUCGGUGCCGGGCUCCGUGCCGUGCUCCGUGCCUGCCGCCGGCCCGCGGGGCCGCGCCGCCACCGCCACCAUGGUGAAGGAGCAGUUCCGAGAGAGCGACGUCGCCAAGAAGAUAAGCCACAUCUGCUUUGGGAUGAAGUCCCCCGAGGAGAUGCGGCAGCAAGCGCACAUCCAGGUGGUCAGCAAGAACCUGUACAGCCAGGACAACCACCACGCCCCGCUGCAGUACGGCGUGCUCGACCACCGCAUGGGAACCAGUGAAAAAGACCGCCCCUGUGAAACCUGUGGAAAAAACCUAGCUGACUGUUUGGGACAUUAUGGGUACAUUGACUUAGAACUGCCCUGUUUUCAUGUUGGAUACUUCAAAGCUGUGAUAGGCAUCUUACAGAUGAUCUGCAAAACCUGUUGCCGUAUCAUGUUGUCAGUGGAAGAAAAAAAACAGUUUUUGGAUUACCUGAAGCGACCAGGCCUUACGUAUCUUCAGAAGAGAGGGCUAAAGAAGAAAGUGUCUGAAAAGUGCCGAAAGAAAAACACUUGUCCUUACUGUGGUGCCUUUAAUGGAACUGUGAAGAAGUGUGGUUUGUUGAAAAUAAUACAUGAAAAGUAUAAGACCAAUAAGAAAGUGGUAGAUCCUGUGGUAUCCACUUUUCUCCAGUCCUUUGAAACUGCCAUAGAACAUAACAAAGAAGUAGAAUCCUUAUUGGGAAGAGCUCAGGAAAAUUUGAAUCCGUUAGUAGUAUUGAACCUCUUUAAAAGAAUCCCAGCAGAAGAUAUCCCUCUGCUUCUAAUGAACCCAGAAGCAGGUAAGCCUUCAGAUUUAAUCCUCACACGACUCUUAGUGCCACCACUGUGUAUCAGACCCUCUGUUGUGAGCGACUUGAAGUCUGGCACCAACGAGGACGACUUGACAAUGAAACUGACAGAGAUCAUUUUCCUCAAUGAUGUAAUAAAAAAGCACAGGAUAUCAGGAGCCAAAACACAGAUGAUAAUGGAAGACUGGGACUUCCUUCAGUUGCAGUGUGCCCUGUACAUUAACAGUGAGCUCUCGGGAAUUCCUCUGAACAUGGCACCUAAAAAAUGGACCAGAGGUUUUGUUCAAAGACUUAAGGGAAAGCAAGGUCGUUUUAGAGGUAAUCUGUCUGGAAAGCGAGUGGAUUUCUCUGGCAGAACAGUCAUUUCCCCAGAUCCUAAUUUAAGAAUAGAUGAAGUAGCAGUGCCUAUUCAUGUUGCUAAAAUAUUAACUUUUCCUGAAAAGGUUAACAAAGCAAAUAUUAAUUUUAUGAGGAAACUUGUCCGGAAUGGUCCUGAUGUUCAUCCUGGAGCCAACUUCAUUCAGCAAAGGCACACACAGAUGAAAAGAUUUUUGAAAUAUGGAAACCGAGAGAAGAUGGCCCAGGAGCUGAAGUUUGGUGAUAUCGUGGAGCGACAUCUUAUAGAUGGUGAUAUAGUCCUGUUCAACCGACAACCUUCUCUUCAUAAGCUGAGCAUCAUGGCUCACAUUGCUAGAGUAAAACCUCAUAGGACAUUCAGAUUUAAUGAAUGUGUCUGUACGCCAUACAAUGCAGACUUCGAUGGAGAUGAGAUGAACCUUCACCUUCCUCAGACAGAAGAAGCAAAAGCAGAAGCACUUGUUUUAAUGGGGACUAAAGCAAACUUGGUAACACCAAGAAAUGGAGAACCUCUCAUUGCUGCUAUUCAAGAUUUCCUUACAGGUGCCUAUCUUCUUACACUAAAAGAUACCUUUUUUGAUCGAGCCAAAGCCUGUCAAAUCAUUGCUUCUAUCCUGGUUGGCAAGGAUGAAAAAAUUAAAGUUCGUCUUCCACCUCCAGCAAUUUUGAAGCCUGUAACACUCUGGACAGGAAAGCAGGUUUUCAGCCUCAUUCUCAAACCCAGUGAUGACUGUCCUGUGAAAGCGAAUCUGCGAACCAAGGGCAAACAGUAUUGUGGCAAAGGGGAAGACCUGUGUUACAAUGAUUCUUAUGUCACAAUUCAAAACAGUGAGUUAAUGAGUGGCAGCAUGGACAAAGGAACCUUAGGUUCUGGAUCCAAGAACAAUAUCUUUUACAUUUUGCUGAGAGACUGGGGACAGGUAGAAGCUGCAGAUGCCAUGUCACGACUAGCCAGGCUUGCUCCUGUCUAUCUGUCUAAUCGUGGCUUUUCAAUUGGAAUUGGUGAUGUCACACCAGGUCAGGGCCUGCUAAAAGCUAAGUAUGAACUCCUGAAUGCUGGCUAUAAGAAAUGUGAUGAGUAUAUUGAAGCUCUGAAUACUGGAAAACUACAGCAGCAGCCUGGUUGUACGGCAGAAGAGACACUAGAGGCUUUGAUCCUUAAAGAACUCUCAGUUAUCAGAGAUCAUGCUGGCAGUGCCUGUCUCAGAGAACUCGACAAGAGCAAUAGUCCCCUUAUUAUGGCUCUCUGUGGUUCUAAAGGCUCCUUCAUUAACAUAUCCCAGAUGAUUGCAUGUGUAGGUCAACAGGCUAUCAGUGGGUCCCGUGUUCCUGAUGGAUUUGAGAACAGGUCCUUGCCUCAUUUUGAGAAGCAUUCUAAGCUUCCAGCAGCAAAAGGCUUUGUUGCUAACAGCUUCUAUUCUGGGUUGACUCCCACUGAAUUUUUUUUUCACACAAUGGCUGGUCGAGAAGGUCUGGUUGAUACAGCUGUAAAAACAGCUGAAACUGGAUACAUGCAGAGGCGGCUGGUAAAAUCUCUUGAAGAUCUUUGUUCGCAGUAUGAUUUGACAGUCAGAAGUUCUACUGGUGACAUUAUUCAGUUUAUUUAUGGAGGAGAUGGCUUGGAUCCUGCAGCUAUGGAAGGGAAAGAUGAACCACUUGAAUUCAAGCGGGUUCUAGACAAUAUCAGAGCUGUAUAUCCAUGCCGAAGUGAACCAGCCCUUAGUAAAAAUGAAUUGGUGUUAACAUCUGAAUCUAUCAUGAAGAAGAAUGAAUUUCUUUGCUGCCGAGACAGUUUUCUGCAGACAUUAACUGAAACAGGUUAUGAAAAAUAUAAUGAGGAAAUCAAAAAAUUCAUCAAAGGUGUUUCUGAGAAAAUAAAAAAAACAAGGGACAAGUAUGGGAUCAAUGACAACGGCACAACAGAGCCACGAGUUUUGUAUCAGUUGGAUAGGAUUACACCAACACAACUGGAGAAGUUUCUAGAGACAUGUAGGGACAAAUACAUGAGGGCACAGAUGGAGCCUGGUUCUGCAGUAGGAGCCCUUUGUGCACAGAGUAUUGGUGAACCUGGCACACAGAUGACACUGAAGACUUUCCAUUUUGCAGGGGUUGCUUCAAUGAACAUUACUUUGGGUGUGCCAAGAAUCAAAGAAAUUAUUAAUGCUUCAAAGGCAAUUAGCACACCUAUUAUAACAGCACAGUUGGACAAAGAUGAUGAUCCUGAUUUUGCUCGUCUGGUUAAAGGAAGAAUUGAGAAAACAUUAUUAGGAGAGAUUUCAGAAUAUAUUGAAGAAGUGUUUCUUCCAGAUGAUUGUUUCAUCCUAGUGAAGCUGUCUCUAGAGCGUAUUAGACUACUGAGAUUAGAGGUGAAUGCAGAGACUGUGCGCUACUCAAUUUGCAUAUCUAAACUCAGAGUGAAGCCUGGGGAUGUUGCUGUCCAUGGAGAAGCAGUUGUAUGUGUGACCCCUCGUGAAAAUAGCAAGAGUUCAAUGUAUUAUGUAUUGCAGUCCCUGAAAGAGGAAUUACCAAAGGUUGUAGUGCAAGGUAUACCAGAGGUUUCCCGAGCUGUCAUCCAUAUUGAUGAACAAAGUGGUAAGGAAAAAUACAAACUCCUAGUUGAAGGUGAUAAUCUGCGAGCUGUUAUGGCUACUCAUGGAGUGAAAGGCACAAAAACAUCUUCUAACAACACUUAUGAGGUAGAAAAAACACUAGGAAUUGAAGCUGCUCGGACCACCAUUAUCAAUGAGAUUCAGUAUACAAUGGUGAACCAUGGUAUGAGCAUUGACAGGAGACAUGUUAUGUUACUGUCUGAUCUAAUGACUUACAAGGGUGAAGUGCUGGGCAUUACCAGGUUUGGACUGGCAAAAAUGAAGGAAAGUGUGUUGAUGCUGGCUUCUUUUGAAAAGACUGCAGACCAUCUCUUUGAUGCUGCCUACUUUGGACAGAAGGAUUCUGUUUGUGGUCUGAGGCUGAUCCAUGCUUCCUGAUCAUGGAAAUUUGGUGGAUUUUUCUCUACUUCUCACCUCCGUCAGAGAUUUUGAGAUCAGCUGGACAUUUGUCUUACAUUCCUUAAAGUAGACGUGGAUUUAUGUGGAUUUUCUGUCUCUCACUACUUAGAUAAGGGAAAUACCAGGACAUUUCUCCCAUUAUCAGUAGUUACGCUUUUUCAAUUGCAAAAGUUUGUGCAUCUUCAACACCUAGAGCUACCUAAGGAAUCUAGUAUCUCACUUAAUAUUUAAGUUUCCAGAGAAGUAGAAAGACAUUUAUUUUUCAGGCAAUAUAGGUGAAUUUUGUCAGUAUUCAGAACAGAGAUGGUCCCUGUCCUGAGAAAUUUAUUUCUAAAUGUGUUUUUUUUUAAGUUUUAGAGAUAACAUUAACGUCCACUAAACUGUCUUUUCACUGAAGUAAUGAAGGAAUCUGAUAAGAAUUUGUUUCAACAUUUGUCUCAGUUUGGCAUUUCUACUAUGUAUUAUUUGGAAUGGAAAUAUUUUCUGUUUAGUUUUGUUUUUCCUCUCCUUUAACAACAUUCCUCCCAGAUUUCAUUCUCCUUUUGGAGUUAUUUGUUAACAAUUCUCUAUCUAGUAAGUUAAACUGGGAAAAGAAGUCAAAUAUCUUUCACCCUUUUUAUCAAGUGUUUAAGGCCUACAGUCCAGGAGCUGUAACUACUCAUUUAGAGUUUCUGGGUGCUACUGAAGUAUAAAAAUGAUUGUGUUAGGUUAAGGUUUGUUAGUUUGUGUGUAUUUCUUGAUGGUCUUAAAAAGGGCAGUCAGCUCUUUGUAGACGGAAUAUUUUCUGAAUCAAUGGAAUCUGUUAGAAAUAUUUGUAUUACUAGUCUGCAUUUUAAGUCACUGGAGGCUCUCCAGCCUCCCAUGUGGGUGGGAUUUUAUUAAUUCUUUUUAUCAAUCUGCCCAGGGUUAAAGCAAAAAUCCUAUGGUAGAAUGAUUAUGUCCUUACUGACCUAGUAAGAUCCUGUUUUGAAUUAUAUGGAAACCAAAGAUACUUUCAUGUUGUCUUCUAUAUAAAUGGUUUAGUUCAAGUAAGGAAACAGAGUGGACAAAACAGAAAAUGGUUGUCUGUGUCCCAAAACAGAAGAGAUUUACUGGCUUGCUUAUAAGAAAAAUUGCUGUGCUGCUGCCUGACCUGGUCAUCACUAUUUAUCUCUUUGAAUUGCUAUGAAAAGAGUAUCUCACAUUCUUGCAUCUGCAGAGGAUGAAAACGUAUAAACAUGGCCAAGAAAAGUGAGCAUGUGCCUGCUAUCAGCAUAGGUGAUUCUCCAGAAUGUCUGGAAGUAGUUGUACACAAUGUGACCUUUGAAUUUCUCAUAUUUUAAGAGGCCUUUUUUUUUUCCUUUGAGAAAAACGGGCAAUGCUGAUUCAUGCCUUUUGUACAUGAAGACGAUGUGUUUUUUUUUCUGCAAGUUGCUGAUGCCACCUUUCAGUGGGCAGAAUGGGUUCCUAGAAUUCAUUAAACUGAGCACAUAUAUAACAUUCUUGGUUGUUACAGCAGCAUGUUCUGUCCAUACAUCUCCUGCUAUGUGUGACUACUGCCAGAUGCUGCAAAAGGAAGUGGGGAAGGAAGGGCUCCUGGUUAUAUAAUUGCAAGCAUUAGCAGGGGAGAAGGAUUUCCGAAAUCUAAAUGCUGUUCACAUGGUUCAGAGGCUGGCUCAUCUUGAAAUGUUAUUAUGCAAAACUGGGAAAGCUUUACUUAGUUAAGUUUAAGAAAGGUGUUUCCUUUAUGCAUUGCAACAUGUAUGCUGUAAGGGUACAUAAGGAGGUGGGACUUACAAUAACGCCUAAGAUUUCUAUUACAUCUUCUUCUUUUUUUUUAUGUCCAUAAUGCUGGAAAACAUGUAGAAAUGCAACACUGGACUAAGAGUGAAAAUACCGAAUCUUCACUUGCAUAGGAAGAAAUAAUCAAAUCUUGCCAGAACUUUAAGGAAAUGAGUUUUCAUCCUACGAUGUGCAUUCAGAUGUACUGUUCCUUAUGACUUAUAGAUGUGUUUUUUAAAUGCUUAUAUGAAGGACAGUAUUCUCAUGUUCCUGAGUAUGUGUGAAAUUUUGUGUUUGGAUCGUAACUGUAGGCAGAAGUAAAAACACUGGUAGCUUACUUUUAAUAUAGAUUAUUCUUUAGAAGAAUUGUAUACAUCAGUGUAUUUGGAAGAUAAGUCAGAACAUUGCUGUGAAGUUUUGUAGCUAUGAAAAAUAAUAGAGACAGUCUAUGUCUUUGAGUUCAAACCAAGCUCUUUUUGAAUAAUGAAAAUGCAAUAAAUAAAUCAAAAAAAAACUCCAAACUGAAGUAGGAAGUACACCUUUUUAACAGGAAAUUGCAGGAGUUUCAAGGGAGCUUGGUCAGAUUUGACUGAAGUCUUUGCACUGAGUUAAUAAAAAAAUUAAUAUGAAGUGACUUUGCUGUGGUACCUUCUUAUGUUGGCACCAAAUGGAACAUGUCUUCUGUGAGGAAAAAAAAAACAAAAACAAAACCUUCUGGAGCUCUUUCAUUGCUAGAGGUUGUGUUUAGAUUAGAUUGAAUUUUUCCCUGGGUAUCUAGAAUAGCAGUAGCACCAAUUAAGUAACAUAAUGAUCUAACAUUCUGAUAACCAUAACAUUUAAGUUCACGUAGUGAGGAGCCUUGGCCUUCAGAUGUGAGGUUCAAAGAAAUGUUACAGGUAAUGUGUUCAGAAUGGGCAAAUUAAAAUAUUUAAGGGUUUUGUAAAUCUUUACUGUUUGGGUGUUCAAUGUAUUUUUGUUUUUGUUU